UGUCUACCUCCAAUUCAUCCCUUCAUCUCCAUCUAGACGCUAAUAUCCUAGUUGAAUCGAGUGGAUCUACCAUCAUGCCUCCUCGCAACCUCCCCACGGAUCCGGCCAAGCUGACCCCAUCCAUCCUUCGAUACCUGGAAUCUUCCCCUCCCGACGGCUACUCGGCUCAUCAAAAGGCCCGUACCACUGCUGCCCGUCUCGUUCACUCGGGGCACAAGCAGGAAGCCAUUCAGGUGCUGUUCAUCUCGGCAAAAGAGCUGUUAAAGGUGCAAGAAUGGGGUAGCGGGACGGAUCUGGGGUGUUAUAUGGUCGAAACGUACAGGAGCGCCGAGGUCCAAGUCGAUUCGGAGAGUAAAGCGCGUGUGACUCAGCUGUUGGCGCUGAUGACAUCCGAGGGUACAUGGCGAAAAAAGUUGGCAGACUUAACUAUCAAAUGGUCUUUGGAAUUUGGUGAUUGUCAGACUGGUGACCCUGAUCUACACAAGUAUAUCGGAGAGCUCUACUACAAAGAUCGCAAAUUCGUCCAGGCUGAACAGCAUUUGGUUGCGUCUUGCAAGAGGGACGCUGCUGUGACCUUGGCAGAGAUGGCUUAUGAAUGGUGUGGGAAGGGAGCGGAAGAUCCGGCGCCUUAUGCUUGUCGAGUAGUGAUACCCUUCAUCUCAAUCACGCCACCUGCCAUUCUACCCGCUCGAACCUUCCUCUCCAAAUUCAUUACCCUGUUGUCCAGUUCGGAUUCGUCUUUCAUCGCUACUACUCUGACAUACGGCUCAGGCGAGUUGCCGUUGACCACCUCGUCCACGCUCAAUUGGCUGCAGAUGGCCGUCCUCACCGUGCAGCGCGCACCGGCAGAGGGCGUCUCGGGUGUACAAGCUAGGGGGACUACAGGAGGUAUCUCCAGAGAAUGGGAAAGCCUGGUACGAAAGUACAAGGGUCAGGACAAGGUCGUCGGGAGCCAGGCCGUACAAGAGGCUCUACUUCACAUCUCUACCAAUACAUUCAAGAUCCCGCCUCCUAGGCAAGCUGGAGGCGGACCCGAUCUGAUGAAUUUGAUGGGAUCUCUGUUCGGCGGUGCUCCAGCUCGACGAUAGGCGGGCGCAUCCCGAUCUCGAUGUAGCUCGCGGAAGAAUAUAUGCUAGAGUUGACUGCCUUGGACUGUGAGACGACACUAUACCAAUCUUAUGUGCACCGAGCAAUUCCAGGCGAUAUUUAUACCGUCGAGAGUUGUCGAUGACAAUGUGAAUUUCACCUGUUAUCACAGAAGCGCGCGUCUAAGCGCAAUCGCUUUUCGAUCGACUUGAGCGCGAGGGAAAGCAGGAACUUGUCGUAAUUUCGAGAGAAAGGUCAAAUUCGUCGA